UCAAAUAUAUCUGAUUAUUCACUCAUCUAAUAUACACUUGAAAACUAAAAGUACAAGCUAUACAUAAUAGUUUAUUAAUCUGGUAGAGCUUGUGCAUCAUUUUCCAACACUGAAGGCACAUAAUGUUUGGACUGCUGCGUUCUCAACUCCAAUAUGUGAGAAUAUUUGAACGCAGUAUGGCUUUCUAUGCUGUUGCAAAAGGACGGAAAGUUGGAAUAUAUGAAAACUGGACGCAAUGUGAGCAACAGGUAAAGGGUUUCAAAGGGGCCCUUUACAAGAAGUUCAACUGCCGCCAAGAGGCGGAGAAAUUUAUCAGUCCCGCUGGAGCUGGAACUCAGGGAAAUUACGCACCAGAUAAAAUAGCUGUGCCCCUUGGACAAAGAAAAGGUCCGCCAGUUAGUUGGCAGCAUCAGUCGCCGAAUGAAGUUGAAAGCAAAGAUUUCUGGCCAGAAGAUGUUGAUGAAAAACAGGAGGUCACAGAUGAUGAUUUAUUGCUGGCCAUGAAUGAGGUAGAAGGAUUUACUGAACAGCCAGGCAACAAUCUCAAACGUAAAGCUGAAAGCAGCAGCUCUGCAAAAUCGAAAAUUCCACGGUACAUCUCAAAUGUAGAAGAUGUCGUUGCGCUGAAGCAAUUCGGCCCAUUUGAGUUUACGAUGAAUUCCGAAGGAUAUGUCAUUGUCUAUACGGAUGGUUCUUGUCUAGGCAACGGGAAAAAACAUGCAUGCGCCGGCUUUGGCGUUUACUUUGGUGACAAUCAUCAACUAAACGCGGCAAAGCCCGUACUGGGGCGUGUAACAAACAAUGUGGGCGAAAUUCAGGCAGCAAUAUAUGCUAUUAAAACCGCAUUGGAUUUGGGCAUUAAAAAGCUUAGCAUUAACACAGAUUCACAGUUCCUCAUCAACUCGAUAACAAAGUGGGUACCCGGUUGGAAGAGGCGUGGCUGGAAGCUUCCAAAUAUGCAACCUGUUAAAAAUGUAGCUGACUUCAAAGAAUUGGAUGAGCUACUGCAAAGCGAUCAAGUUCAAGUCAAAUGGAACUACGUCGAAGCGCAUAAGGGCAUCAAGGGAAAUGAAAUGGCAGACAAAUUGGCACGACAAGGCUCCCAAUUAUACAGAGAGUUAAAUUGCAAAAAUGUUUAGUUUAUAUUUAAUUAAUUUCAAGGUGUAUUUCACUAGGCGAGUAAUUUUUGAAUUUAGAUGAUCAAUAUGAUUAUUAUUUUCGGUAUUUUGAGCCACGCGCGUAUUUUUUGAAUUAAGUAUGCAGCCCAAUAAAAUUG